UCGCCGUACUUGGCUCCGCCAUUGCUUGGCAGGUCUCACUCACUGCUAACCAGGCGUUUUCAUGGUUACCCACGACAACAAACCCUAGAAGUGUCGCAUGGAUGUGGAUGGGACUUUUAAGUGGCAGGCGGUGCACGCCGAAGGACACACGCGUGGGAAUCAGAUUUGCCACAUGACCAGGGGAGAGGCCGAGGUCGAGGUCCUCCCUAUGAUGUUCAAAGACCUCAGAUCAAACCGAGUCACAGGACUCAACGCUCUGCCCUUUGACCCAGCUACCAGCAACGACCCUCUCCAGUUCAACAGUUCCAGCGGGCCUCUGGUGGAGUGUCCUCCUCUGGAAAACACAGCUGAGACGAGCAAGAAGAGGAAGAGGACCAUCCUGCCUCCAGACGGGAUCUGUAACAUGACGAUGGACUCCAACUCGAUAACGAUGCCUAUGCCCGACCCCAACCCCUGGGCGACAGCCAUGAACAACCUGGGGAUGCCUCCCAUCGGAAUGACCGGACAGCCAAUCAUGCCAGAUUUUGACCCCAACCUUGGCAUGAUGGCUGGAAUCACCCCCAUCAACCCCAUGAUGCCUGGCCUCGGUAUUGUGCCUGCGCCGCUCUCCCAGGAACUGCCGGUUAUCAAAGAGAUCAUCCACUGCAAGACCUGUACUCUGUUCCCUCCGAACCCCAACCUUCCCCCUCCAGCCACAAGAGACCGCCCUCCAGGAUGUAAGACAGUGUUUGUCGGGGGUCUGCCAGAAAACGCCACAGAGCAGCUCAUCAUGGAGGUCUUCGGACAGUGUGGCGAUAUCACUGCCAUACGCAAAAGCAAAAAGAACUUCUGCCAUAUCAGAUUUGCUGAAGAGUUCACCGUGGACAAGGCUCUCUUCCUGUCAGGUUAUCGUAUCCGCCUCGGCUCCAGCACGGACAAAAAAGACUCUGGCCGCCUUCACGUGGACUUCGCCCAGGCCAGAGACGAUCUGUACGAGUGGGAGUGUCACCAGCGGAUGUUGGCCAGAGAGGAGAGGCACCGGCGCAAGAUGGAGGAGGAUCGCUUCCGGCCGCCGUCCCCUCCCCCCAUCGUCCACUACUCGGAGCACGAGUGCAGCCAGCUGGGCGACAAGAUCAAAGACGACGGCAAGUUUGCUGAAGCGGUGCGCGUGCUCCUGACCUGGCUCGAGCGAGGGGAAGUCAACCGCCGGAACGCCAACAACUUCUACUCCAUGAUCCAGUCCUCGAACAGCCACAUCCGCCGGCUGAUGAGCGAGAAGAGUCAACACGAGAAGGAGAUGGAGGAGGCAAAGGACAAAUUUAAGACGGCUCUGGCUGGCAUACUUGCUCAAUUUGAGCAGAUUGUGUCUGUAUUCCAAGCCGCUUCCAAACAAAAGGCAUGGGACCAUUUCUCCAAAGCUCAGCGCAAGAACCUGGACAUGUGGCACAAACAAGUCGAGGAGAUCAGAAACAUGCACAACGAGCAGCUGAUGGGCAUCAGGCGAGAGGAGGAGAUGGAGAUGUCUGAUGAUGACAUGGAGGACGUCCCUGACAGCAAGGACUCCGAGGACUCAAGUGUAUCCCAAGCAGAAGCCUUAAAGGAGGAGAAUGACUCACUGCGCUGCCAGCUGGACGCUUACAGGAACGAGGUGGAGCUGCUCAAGCAGGAACAAGGCAAGAACCAACCGCUGAGGAGCGAGGAGGACAACACACACUCGCAGCAGCUCAGCUUCCUACAGCAGGCUCUGCAAGGCAUGCAGAAGCAACUGCUAAAAAUGAGGGACGACUUAAAACAGAGGGACGCCGAGCUGGAGAAGAGUCAGGAGGACAAACAGCAGCUGAAGACUCAAGUGCAGACGUUGAAGGACAGUCUCCACAAUCUGCAGAACACACACGUGCAGCUGGAGAUGUCAAAGCGCGAUGACAGAAGCAGGGAGGACAGCACUAAUCAAAGCAGUGAGGCAGCAGUAUCAACAGUGGUGUCCUGCAGUCAAGAGAAAGAAGGGCCGGCAGAGAAGGCUUCGCCAAGUCCUGUCCAUUCGGAGAGGGAAGCGCUGCUCGUGGGGAUCAUAUCAACAUUCCUGCAUGUUCACCCGUUUGGAGCCAGCAUCGAGUACAUCUGUUCCUACCUGCAGCGUUUGGACACCAAGAUCAACACUGGCGAGGUGGAGGCUCUUCUGUCGCGGCUGCCGUGCACCUUCCGCCAGGAGUUGACCGGGGUCGGUGCCAGUCUGGAGAAGCGCUGGAACUUCUGUGGCUUCCAGGGCAUCAAGAACACAUAAACUCUGCUGAUGUCGCUUCGGGGGAAACGCGGACGAGACGGCAAAGCACACGGACACUGAGGAGAUGUGGAACAAUGUAAAAGCCCGCAGACAUCGCCGUCUGUGGACUGUACCGACACAUAACAGUGAGCGUGCGUCGCGAGAUCUGAGAGGAAUGUUAUUUCAUGAUCAUUUCAGGGACUCGGCGGAGGUAGGUGGCGGAGACAUAACAACAACGCAGCAUCUCCAUGGUUACGGGAGCGUUGACACCAAACCAUGAUGGUAGAAGUCCUCGUGAGAUCUGUCAGAACUUGCAGUUUUCUGAGUGCUAAUCUUUUUUUUUUUUUAGAGUUUGCAACUCAACAGAAAAUCACCAAGUCCUUCAGUGAGUGGAUUAUUACAAAGUCGUCACGCACAUGGGCAGGACACGGUACAUUCUGAGCCUGCGGUUGGCUCUGCAUGGUGUCGACAUAGGCCAGGACUACAGGGUUAAACGAGGAGGGUUAUCAGGGCUGGACUGAACACUGCAAUCCUCUGAACCCUUUGGCCUCUCCCUCCCUCUGUGUCUCUUUUUGCUGUUGCUGGUUUGUAUCAUAGAUCAAAAAUGGAUAUAUUUCUUCAUUUUCUGUAAAUGCUGUUAACAGUUGCAUAGGAUCAUUUGUUGUAAUACACUGUAAAUGCUUGGAUGAUAUUUUUGAUUAUAAAAAAAAAGAUG